CCAAAAGCGAUAUCAACCAGUGCUGAUAAGAAUAACAACACAAAUUGCAUUCGAAUUUAUUUGUAUCCUAUUAAUGCUAUAAACAACAAUGGCAGAAGCCGCCAAUGUGCGCCAGAACCUCCAGAAUGUGCCGUCAAUCUUCGAAAUUUCGGCGGCAGAGACGCUGGACAACCUGAUUUACCCGGCACUGAGCAAGAUAUUCGACUACUUCGGACUGCGCCUGGACUUUAAACUCUGGGGGAGUCUGAGGAUUCAGGAGGAGCUGUCCCCGUUGCUGACUUGGCUGCUGCAGUACCUGUACCUGCGAAAGAGAGCCUCCUCCUUCGGGGAGAGCUUCUACGGAUUGCAAAGAACGGUCACAAGCACAGGGGACCUGCUGAACCGCAGGCAUCAGAUCGCCUCUGCCACACUGCUAACUUUCAUGCCUUACGUGGAGCGGAAGCUUAGGAGCAGGAUCACCAGGCACGAGGAGACUAGUCCUUGGGAGCAACGCCUCCUAAGCGCAUUCCAUGCUUUCCAUGCCGCCAAGGCGGCACACACAUUCCUUUACCUCGUGAAGUACGCCUCAAACCACUCCCCCAUCUUCAGACUGUUGGGCCUGACCCUUCGCUAUCCCAGCGAACCUCCCAAGGAGGAUCAGUGGACCUAUGUGGUCCUCAAAAUGCUUGAGGUCCUGGCCUUCUUCCUCCAGUUUGUCCAGUGGUGGUACUCCAACGACCAGCGGCGCAAAGUGGGUGGAACCCUGAUUAAUCCGGAAGCGAUGCCAAGAAAGCAGCUGCCCAAGGAAGUGCAGCAGAGCCUUCCACAGAGUGGAGAAUGCCCGGUCUGCCUGCUGUCCAUCCAGACGCCCACUGCCUGCUCCGUAUCCGGCUACGUCUUUUGCUGGAAGUGCAUCGUUAGCCACAUGAAGGAGCACGGCACCUGCCCGGUCACCCAGUAUCCCAUCAGUCUGGACGACCUGGUGCGCAUCUACGAGACGUAACGUUAAGCAAUCUUUUUGUGUUCUUUGUAUAUUGUUGUUUAAUACAUUUCAUAAGCAAUUGGGAACUGAUUACAACUCGCUGAGGAAGAAACCCAAA